AUGACUGAAGUCAUCAAUGGUUCAUUGAAUAAUUCAACCAGUUUAUCAACUCAACAUUCUCCAGAUACACUGAAAUUUUUCUUCAAACAUAUUUAUUUACUACUAGUUGUCAUCAUCGGUGGUAUUGGCAAUGUCUUCGUUAUUAUCAUCUUCGGCCAACGCGCAGUUCGUACCACAGUUCGAUAUUCAGGAUCGAGUAUGUCGGUUUAUCCCUUUCUCUUUUACAUGGCGAUAUCAGAUACAAUCUAUUUAAUUAUCAUCUUUUGCUUAUGGUUAUCAAAUUAUAUCAAUGUUUUAUAUCGACCAGGUAUUUGCCAAGUGACACUGUAUUUGACAUAUGUAUGUAACUUUAUCAAUGCUUAUUAUACGAUUGCAUUCACAGCUCAACGCUUAUUUGCGGUGAUCAAUCCAUUUCGUGUCUCGCAUUUUCUCUCGUGGUACCGUUCACGAUGUUUGGCUUUGUCAAUAAUCAGUUUUGCUUGUUUAUUUUAUUCGUAUCUACUGGGGACAAUUCACAUAAAAAAUAAUACAUGUUUCUCUCGCAAGAGUUGGCAUUGGUUCAAUAAAUACAUGGAUGUGAUUGAUAGCAUUAUUGUUUUUCUUAUUCCAUAUGUGGUUAUAAUUACAAUGAAUGCGAUCAUUGUCAUCUCGUUACGCCGAAUGAAACAAAAUCAACACGAAUUUCUCUUUCAAAAUCAUUCCCAAUUGAAUAAAAUUCGCGAAGUUACCCGUCGAAGUGCAUCAAGAAAAAUGACGAAAUUACUUUUAACUGUUUCAACAUCCUAUCUGAUCAUCUGUGCACCGUAUGCAUGUAUUCACACAUGGCGUUUAUCGCUCAUCGACGAGAAAACACAUGUCAACUUGCAGCUAAUUAAAAGUUUAGAAUAUUAUUCACAUCAGAUUUAUCAUAUCUCGUUUGCCAUGAACUUCUACAUAUAUAUCGUGUUCGGUUCGAAGUUUCGCCGUGAAUUGAAGCGAUUUUUCACGAAAUCCAAACAGAAUCUUUAUCACCUUGUUCAUCAGCAACAAAUCUUUGAAAAUGAUAACCACAUCGAAGUGGAAUUAUCGGAAAAGAACUCGACCUUAACACACGAAUAUACUAUACAUGCGACUCUACAUCCGAUGAGUCAGAAACUUCAUCUCCCAAGAAACUAUUUUUGUUGUCAGUCUCAAGAGUAA